AUGUCUCCCGCAGCCAUCUCGAACGCAACGCCCACUGCCGCCCCAAUCAGCAGCAAGACCUCUCUCAAAUCCUCCAUACAAUCCGGCAUCGCGCCUUCCCCGAAUAGCUCCUCCAAAACGCACGAUGAUAUCCCAGCAUGGGUGAAUCCCGACCUCACACGUUUGAUGCGCGUCGAUAAGCGUCCCGGCAACUACGCCAGCGCCUCAUACUCGCUCGUCGCGCUGCCCGCCGGGGCAGUCUUCGCACGCAUAACGCAGCCCACCGUUGCAACGGUCGCGUACUCGUCUGUUCAAGCAGGCAAGAACCUGCACAUCGAGCUAAACUGCGAUCUGGUAUACAUCAACCACUCGUGCUCGCCUACGUUGAUCUUCGAUAUGGCGAACUGGGUAGUUAGGGUCAAUCCUGAUUUGGAGGGCGGGCUGAAGGAGGGCGACGAGUUGACGUUUUUCUAUCCGAGUACGGAGUGGAGUAUGGCGCAGCCAUUUGAUUGCCUGUGUAAGACAAGCGAGUGUAGGAAGACGAUCAAGGGGGCGAAGGACAUGAGUCUGGGUGAUUUGGAUGAGUAUUGGCUGAGUGAGCAUAUUAAGGAAUUGCUGCAUGAGAGAGACGCGAAGAAGAGAGGGCUAUAA